CAGGCCUUCAGUUCCCUUCCCUCUUCCUCUGACUCUCAGUGUCCUGCUUAACUCUGGUACCUUUCCUUCACCAAGCUCCCUCACCAUGAGCAGACAAGUCAGCAAGACAUCUGGCGGCGGCGGCCAGGGCUUCUCGGGUCGCUCUGCCGUGGUCUCAGGAAGCAGCAGGAUGAGCUGUGUGGCCCGCUCGGGGGGAGCCAGCGGAGGGGCCUGCGGGUUCCGGGGUGGGGCGGGUGGCUUUGGCAGUCGCAGCCUCUACAGCCUGGGUGGCAACAAGAGCAUCUCCAUCAGCGUGGCCGGUGGCUCCCGGGCUGGUGGCUUUGGGGGAGGGCGUAGCAGCUGUGGCAGUGGCUUUGGGGGUGGCUAUGGAGGUGGCUUUGGUGGUGGCUUUGGUGGUGGCAGAGGAAUGGGAGGUGGCUUUGGAGGGGCUGGUGGCUUUGGAGGGGCUGGUGGCUUUGGUGGAGCUGGUGGCUUUGGAGGGGCUGGUGGCUUUGGUGGAGCUGGUGGCUUUGGAGGGGCUGGUGGCUUUGGAGGGCCUGGUGGCUUUGGAGGGCCUGGUGGCUUUGGUGGGCCCGGUGGCUUUGGUCCUGGUGGCUUCCCUGGGGGAAUCCAGGAAGUGACUGUGAACCAGAGCCUCCUGCAGCCCCUCAAUGUGGAGAUCGACCCCCAGAUUGGGCAAGUAAAGACCCAGGAGCGCGAGCAAAUCAAGACUCUCAACAACAAGUUCGCCUCCUUCAUCGACAAGGUGCGGUUCCUGGAGCAGCAGAACAAGGUCCUGGAGACCAAGUGGAACCUGCUCCAGCAGCAGGGCACAAAUUCCAUCACGGGCACCAGCAACCUGGAGCCCCUUUUUGAGACCUACAUCAACAACCAGCGGAGCUACCUGGACAGCAUCCUGGGGGAGAGGGGCCGCCUGGACUCGGAGCUGAGGAAUAUGCAGGACCUGGUGGAGGACUUCAAGAAGAAAUAUGAGGAUGAAAUCAAUAAACGUACAGCUGCUGAGAAUGAAUUUGUGACCCUGAAGAAGGAUGUGGACACUGCCUACAUGAACAAGGUGGAGCUUCAGGCCAAAGUAGAUGCCUUAAUGGAUGAAAUCAACUUCCUGACGACCCUCUAUGACAUGGAGCUGUCCCAGAUGCAGAGCCACGUCAGCGACACCUCCGUGGUCCUGUCCAUGGACAACAACCGCAGCCUGGACCUGGACAGCAUCAUCGCUGAGGUCAAGGCCCAGUAUGAGGACAUCGCCCAGAGGAGCAAGGCGGAGGCCGAGGCCCUGUACCAGACGAAGCUUGGGGAGCUGCAGACCACGGCCGGCAGGCAUGGAGAUGACCUGAAGAACACCAAGAGUGAGAUCUCUGAGCUCAACAGAAUGAUCCAGAGGCUGCGGGCCGAGAUUGAGAAUGUUAAGAAGCAGAACGCCAACCUGCAGGUGGCCAUCACCGAAGCCGAGCAGCGUGGGGAGCUGGCCCUCAAGGAUGCCAAUGCCAAGCUCCAAGAGCUACAGGCCGCCCUGCAGCAGGCCAAAGAUGACCUGGCCCGGCUGCUGAAGGACUACCAGGAGCUGAUGAACGUGAAGCUGGCCCUGGACGUGGAGAUCGCCACCUACCGCAAGCUGCUGGAGGGCGAGGAGUGCAGGAUGUCUGGAGAGUGCCAGAGCGCUGUGAGCAUCUCGGUGGUCAGCGGCGGCGGCGCUGCAGGUGGUUACGGCGGCGGCUACGGCGGCGGCUUCGGCGGCGGCUUCGGCCGGGCAGGCGGCGGAGGCGGCGGAAGCGGCAGCGGCAGCGGCUUCAGCUUCGGCGGCGGCAGCGGCAUCGGCAUUGGCAGCGGCAUUGGCAGCGGCAGCGGCGGCAGCGGUUUCGGCUUCGGCGGCGGCAGCGGCAUCGGAGGCAGCGGCUUCGGCUUCGGAGGCGGCAGCGGCGGCUUCGGCUCCGGAGCUCGCGGCGGGGUCAGUGGCGGAGGCUUCAGCUCGGGCAGCAGCCGGGGCGGCAGCGUCAAGUUCUCCCAGUCUUCGCAGCGCUUCUCCAGAUAAACACCAUGCGCCGCAGCGCCUCGCGCCCCCAGCCCCUGCUCCCCGCCCAUGUCAGCGACAUCCUCAGUGCCACCCCCCACUCCCGACCCCAGCCCACCCUCCCGGGGCCCGCUCUCUGGGGGCUGGAAGACCCGGGGCACUGGAUCCUCCAUCCAGACUCCUGGCCGAGCGCUGCCGUGAGAAUUUCAGGCGCCCUCUCGGGCUCCGGUCUGUGCCUGUGAUUGUCCACGUGUGGCCUCAGCCACCGCCUUCUCCUGCCCUUGGGGUCCCCCCCGCCCCUGGUGGAAUGGUCACCACUGCUGAUGUAUAUAACACAGGGACCCCUCUGCCAACCGUUCUGUCGCCAAUAAAGUGCAUUGUGUUUCA